AUGGCAACGAAGCAGCCUUUGAAAACGACAUUUGAUGUCGAUCGCGUGAUCCGUCCUAUAUUUACGGGUGGAUCUGUUUCAAUAGAUAACGAUGCGCUGAUCUUGGCUACGACAAUUGGCGAGAAUGCCAUACUCACAAACCCCACCAACGGCCGACAUCUUGGUGAAAUCGAAGGAGAUGGAGAACUUAUCUCAACAAUCACACUGACACCUUCUGGUUCGCACCUCAUUAUCUGCUCUCGAUCACUGUCUAUGAGAAUAUACUCGCUCAAAAAGUCGACCGACGGUAGCUCUAUCGAAUCUUCGCUUAUUCGAACUCUUAAGCCUCACGGCACACCGGUUGUAGUCCUAGCGGUCGACCGAACGAGCACGCUUCUCGCUACGGGCGGCACAGACGGCGCAAUCAAGGUCUGGGAUAUUGCAAAGGGAUAUGUGACCCAUACCUUCCGCGCCCCAUCUGUUUUGGUGUCGGCUCUUCAUUUCUUCGAAGUUGCCUCCCGAUCCGAGGACGCUACGCGCUCUCGCAAGGGAAAAGCCCCCCCGCGAGACGAUGGCGAGCACGAAGACUCAAACACCAUUAGCUUCAGGCUUAUAUCUGGCAGCCAGGACGGAAAAGUCAAAGUGUGGGACCUGAAUAAACGAAGCUGCAUUGCCAACCUCGACUCGCAUGUCUCUGACGUCAAAGGGCUGGAUUAUUGCCCUACACAGCAUGCCAUUGUCACUGCCAGUCGAGACAAGACGCUCAUUUGGUGGGAUGCCAAGUCCUGGAAAAUCCGCAAGGUUGUUCCCUGUCUCGAACUUGUCGAGGCUGCUGCUUUUCUUGACGAUGGAAAUCUCACAUAUUCGGCCGGUGCCCAUGGUUGUCUUCGUAUCUGGGACACCGACACUGGCAAAGAGCUAACACCAAAGCAAACGGAAAAAAGCGAAGAAGAAGCCUUCGUGACUGCGCUGUACAGACCUGGUCUUCCCUUCGUACUUGGUGUUCAAGUAGACCAUACAUUGGCUCUUUACAAGCUCCCAAAGAAGGCUGAGUCUGCCUCGCUCUCCGCGCCUGAGCCUUUCCGCCGCAUAUCAGGAACUCACGAUGACAUUAUCGAUCUUGCCUAUAUACUUCCAGAUAGCAGUCUGCUUGCAUUGGCUACAAAUUCCGAGGACGUCAGGCUUGUUUCCGUUGCGGAGCCUGGUGCGGACGAUACCUCCCCAGGGUGGAGCACUGCUAGCGUACCGUAUUUUGGUCAAGACACGGCGUUACUAAAGGGUCAUGAAGAUAUCGUCAUCUCGCUGGAUGUCGACUGGUCUGGUCACUGGAUCGCCACCGGGGCAAAAGAUAACACAGCAAAGCUUUGGCGAAUCGAUCAUGCCAACCGAUCGUAUACGUGUUGGGCAACCUUUUCGGGUCACGCCGAGUCCAUCGGUGCCGUUGGACUUCCUCGGAUAACGCCACAGGAGAGUUCUCAGGCAUAUCAGGAUCCUCUAUCACACCCCCCUGCUUUUCUAAUUACUGGCUCCCAGGAUCAGACUGUCAAGAAGUGGGAGGUCCCCCGCAAGUCACAGCAGCAGGGCUCGAAGUCGGGAGCCAAAUCAUUCUAUACUCGAAAAGCUCAUGAUAAGGAUAUCAAUGCGAUUGAUAUUCAUCAUUCUGGAAACUUGUUUGCUUCGGCCUCUCAGGAUAAGACCGUGAAGAUCUGGUCUGUUGCAGAGGGCGAAGUGCAAGGUAUUCUACGUGGCCACAAACGAGGCGUGUGGUCAGUACGCUUUUCACCUGCGAAUCUUCCCGCGCUCCAGAGCGAUAAUGGUCCCGUGACGGGCAAGGGUGUUGUUCUUACAGGCAGUGGUGACAAGAGUAUCAAGCUCUGGAGCCUGGCCGACUAUACCUGCAUUCGAACCUUCGAGGGGCAUUCACACAGUGUCCUGAAAGUUGCAUGGCUCAGUAUGCCCACGAAAGGCGAGCAAAAGAAAUCGGUACAGUUUGUUAGCGCUGGUGGCGACGGCCUUAUGAAGGUUUGGGACACAAACUCAGGCGAGACAGAGUGUACAUUGGACAACCACGAGGACAGAGUAUGGGCCGUUGCUGUACAACCAAAGACGAACAUGAUUGUCUCCGGUAGUGGUGACUCGUCUGUUUCAUUUUGGAAAGAUACCACAUCAGAGACACAAGCCACCGCGUCCAAAGCUGCACUAGAGCUGAUCGAGCAGGAGCAGGAGCUGCAAAACCACAUCCACGCUGGCUCGUACAGAGAAGCCAUUACAUUAGCUUUACAACUGAACCACCCCGGGCGACUUCUUGCUUUGUUUACUUCGGUUGUCACUGGACAGGAGAAGGACGAGGGCAGUUAUACAGGCUUGCGGGCUGUGGAUGAGGUUCUUGGCAAUCUUUCUGAUGACCAAAUCUUCCUAUUGCUACUCCGCCUGCGCGACUGGAACACGAACGCGCGCACUGCUCCCAUCGCACAGAGAAUUCUCUGGGCUUUGGUGCGCAGCUACCCCGCUUCCAAGUUCUCGAACUUGUCCGUCAAGGGCGCCCGCGGACAACAGAGCUUGAAGGAUAUCCUACAGGCGCUGAGAGUCUACACUGAAAGACACUAUAAGCGCAUGGAGGAGUUGGUGGAUGAAAGCUAUCUGGUGGAAUAUACACUGCAGGAAAUGGACAAUCUUGCUCCUGUAGCAGGCGAGGAUGUGACAAUGGAGGAUGCUGUUUUGGUGGCGUAA